AGAGGUCCGCCAUCUGGUUGGCUGCGGUAUGUUAAGGUAGGCGGGGCAUUUGAGUGGAAAGCUCGUCUGGGCGGUGACUGCUAGCCCUCCGAUAGAGGGCUCGGUAGGCGGUGGCGGGAGAGGCGGGGCCCCAGGCUGACUCACCUUGUGGUUGGCUGAGGCGGAAGGUGGGCGGGACUUUUGUUUGCUUGGCUGUUUAGGCCGUGGGGGCUGAGGUGUGGUUCUGCGCGUGCGCAGGCAGUCGUCUGUUGACUCCGGCGGUCAGUUCUGCAGAGUGGAGCUGCGCAAUGCGGAGGCUGUCGGUAGUGCUGGGCCACCUGGCUGGCAAGCCCGAUCCCGGCUGGACGCUGCAGGCGGCGCCUUGCGCGACCGGCGCCCCGCAGGCCUCGGCCGCGGACGUGGUGGUGGUGCACGGGCGGCGCACCGCCAUCUGCCGGGCGGGCCGCGGCGGCUUCAAGGACACCACCCCCGACGAGCUUCUCUCGGCUGUCAUGACCGCGGUUCUCCAGGACGUGAAUCUGCGGCCGGAACAGCUGGGGGACAUCUGUGUCGGAAAUGUGCUGCAGCCCGGGGCCGGGGCAAUCAUGGCCCGAAUCGCCCAGUUUCUGAGUGACAUCCCGGAGACUGUGCCUCUGUCCACUGUCAAUAGACAGUGCUCGUCGGGGCUCCAGGCAGUGGCCAACAUAGCUGGUGGCAUCAGAAAUGGGUCUUAUGACAUUGGCAUGGCCUGUGGGGUGGAGUCCAUGUCCUUGGCUGACAGAGGGAACCCUGGAAAUAUUACUUCGCGCUUGAUGGAGAAGGAGAAGGCCAGAGAUUGCCUGAUUCCUAUGGGGUGAGCGCUCCCAUAGCUCUGUGUGCUGUGCCCUCUGCCUGGAGCAGGGGGCGGAAGAACUUUAUCAUCUUUGUGGCUGGCGGUGCCAAGCCUUGGCCUCCUUCCUUUGGCCAUGGUCUGCUCUGCAGGAACUUUGGGGAUGAGAGUUGAAGCCGCCCUUGACUUCCCUUUCCUGAGGCCCCCAGGUCCUCUCUGUGCCCCUGAGUUUCCAAACAUUGCCCAUUUUGUCACCACACUGAAGUGCUCAGUCAUAGGAAGGACAAUGGUAGCUCCACUGCAAAGCCUUGGGGGCCUAGAAAGUUGAGAAGGCAGGGGGAGGCUUUGAUUACUGAACGUGCCGGUGGGGGAAUUGGGCCUUGUCAGGUGCAAAAUAAAAAGUAUGUGGCAUUUGUAUGGAACAACUUAGCUUCUCUGGGCCAUCCCCAGAGUUUGUGGGCCAGGAGUCCUGGAUCCACGAGAUAGCUGAGGAGACGGAGGCUUGGAGGGCGCAGUGCCGUGGCUUCACACACCGCAUCUCCAAGGGAGGCCUGUAAAGCCGGAAGCCCAGGCCGGAAAGCCUAGCUGUUGCUCUCGGUUCUCAGGAUAAGCAUAGGUCCCAGCCAAGGUGACCAGAAAGCCUAGGUUUGGCCUUUCUAGAGGAGGUUUGGGAGUCCUCACCUCCCCAUGUUGCAGCAGUUUUCCUUGAGGCCCAGGAGAAGCUGGCCAGGAGUGGCCUGUUAGUGCCCCACCCAGACCCUCCCCGCUCCUUGUCUCCCCUGCUCUGACGCAGCUUACCCAGGGAACAAACUAUUCUGCAGCUGCCCCAUGCAGGGGGCAGCUUCUGUCCGAGAGAGGGUCUUUUUGGUGUAUGACCUUCUCAGGAUCUGGCCAGCAUUGCUGACUUUCCUAUCUGAGUCUUUAUAUCCACAUCCUGAGUCAUCACCACUGCCUGUGGCAUGGACUGGCCUUUCCGUCCUCUCCUGCCUACAGCCUUGGGAACUCAAGAGUUCCAAGCACAGCUCUGCAGCCUGGUCCAUUCCUCUA